AUGUCCAAGGAGGAGAUCCCUUAUCUCAUGUUCAUGUGCUCUGAACUUUAUAUCGCUGGGUUAGAGGGUCGGACGGUGGAGGUCACCAGGCUACUAGCUGGAAGCAGCCACGCGACGACAGCAAGAGCAAAUGCCGUUCACCCUGGACGCUGCUGCACCACCCGCGAGGUGGCCGCGGAACGAAGCACGCUCCUGCACAUCGCCGCCGGCCAGGGCCACUGCGAUCUCAUCACCGAGCUCUGCCUCCGGGACAGCGCCCUCCUCUCGUCGGUCAACUCAUCAUUGGACACGCCUCUUCACUACGCGGCGAGGGAGGGGCAGGCAGAUGCGGUGGAGACCAUUGUUCGGCUCGCCAGGUGUAGCGUGGAGGAGGACAGGCUGCCGGAGCUUCUCGGCGGCAAGAACGACGCCGGAGACACAGCGCUGCACGUGGCCGCGAGGCACGGCCACGGCGAGACGGUGGAGGUGCUGAUGAAGCUGGCGCCCGAGCUGGCGGCGGAGGUGAACGGCGCCGCCGUGUCGCCGCUGUACCUGGCGGUGAUGAGCGGGUCGGUGCACGCCGUGGAGGCGAUAAUUGGGUACAGGGACGCUUGUGCCGCUGGUUCCAUGUUGCAGAACGCGCUGCACGCUGCUGUUCUCCAGAGCUCGGAAAUGGUUCCUUUGCUUCUACGAUGGCGGCCAUCACUUGCAACAGACCUUGACAUCAACAAGAGCAGCCCACUACACUUUGCUUCAUCCGACGGUGACUGCUCAAUCAUCGAAGAGAUAUUAACACAUGCACCACCCAGCACUGCAUACCUGCAGGACAACGAAGGCCUUUCGGCUCUGCAUACUGCAGCACUGAUGGGCAACGGACCUGCCGUCCGAUUAUUACUACAAUUCUACCCAGCUUCUGCAGGCAUUCGUGACAACCAUGGCCGAAGCUUUCUGCAUGCAGCUGCUUUGCAAGGGCACUCAUCUAUCAUUUCACAUGUUACAAAGGAUCGGAUGCUGCAAAAUCUUUUGAAUCAGCAAGACCGUGAAGGGAAUACGGCACUUCACUUGGCGAUGGAGGCAGGGGAAUAUGGAGUUGUUUCUAAGCUGUUAUCCAGUGGUAAAGUUCAGGUUCACAUUAUGAACAGUGCAGGCCACACACCAUCUGAUAUGAUUGAGAAGUCCACAGGUUUCUACUCAAUGGUAAGAUUAGUGAUGAAGCUGUACGUCUAUGGAGCACAAUUCCGACCACAGAGGCAAGACCUUAUAAAGAAAUGGUCUGGCCAGGACCUCGUGAAAUGGCGAGUGGCAACAUCAAAGAAUCUCGCGAUUGUUUCCACCCUUGUGGCCACAGUUGCCUUCUCUGCAGCAUUCAACGUGCCUGGUUCAUAUGGAUCGGAUGGAAAGGCCAAUCUGAACCGGAAUCGCAUGUAUAAUGCCUUCCUUGUGCUGGACACCAUUGCCGUGACCACUGCAGUGAUGGCUACGAUACUACUUGUUUACGGGAGAGCUUCUGGGUCCAAUAACUCUUGGUUGGGUUUCAUCAUCUCAAUGCACUUCCUUUGGUUGUCCCUUCUAUGCAUGAUGCUCGGAUUCUUCACGGCUAUAGCUGCGACGAGUGAUAGAAAAUCUACGUCGAAUGCAUUGUAUAGGGUGAUCUACGCUGGGCUGUACAUCUUGAUAAUGCUGCUCACAAGCCUUGCAAUGCCAGGUUCACUUAGAGGAGUUUUGCGACUUCUAUUAGGACGACAGCAUCAUCUCAAGAGGCGCAUCAAACGGCAGUAUCCCUUCGUAGUAGUUUAUGCCUUCAACAUGCUUUUAUUCAUAAUUAUAAACAAUAUAGCAUUGGCUUCUGUAGACACAACUGCUAACCUGCGUUGA